AUGACAAUGCAACACCAAGUAAUUCAAGAUAACAACUUUGCAGUCGCCAUGAUUGAAGAAGGCGCUUAUGACGAGGCAUCUUCCACGCUGUGCGCGGCAUUCCAAGCGUACCAGAACUGUGACUGUGCUGGCGGCAUGGAGAGUGCAGUAUGUGAUGCUGGAGUCUCCUCUUUCAAGCCUUCCAUCAGCCUCGAUGAAUGCAUGGCGAAGGGACAUCCAAUGAGCUCCUCCGUCGACCCGGACUUUCCAUUCAUGUACUCUGAUGCCAUUCGCAUCUCUCCCGAGGUUGCUGCGGCUGGAAUAUCACAACACGAUGUUACCUCCAUCAUUCUAUUCAACCUGGCACUGACCCACCAUCUCUCCGCUUUGGAUUCGAAUGACCCUGAUUCGGAUCUUCAAAAAGCUCUGCAUGUAUACGAACACUUAUAUACCAUGCAACAGGAGAACAUGGUGGUGGGGAGCUCUGGCUUUCCAUCGAAUCUGAUGUUCGUUCUCUCCAUUUUGAACAACUGUGGUAUCAUCCAUCAAUGGCGAUCGGAAGCUGGAACAUCCAUCAAUGGCGAAGUGAUUGCCGCUCGAUGCUUCGAUAAGCUCUUGUCAGUCCUGACGCUCAUUUCCGACAACGCUCAAACCACAAACAAGAACGAAGAAGUUGUCGUUCGCGGAUUCUACCGCAACGUCGUUCUGAAUCGGCCACCCGCUGCAAGCGCUGCCUAG